GUAGUGAGCAGCGCGUGCUAGGCGGCUGCAGCAGUUGCUAUAGUGUAUCUGGGAGCAGCAGCGCAGCGGCGGGACUGUUUGUUUGUGGAAGCUGCUGGUUGCGUGUUUCUCUCUGUUAACUGGUUUAGCGUCCUCAGCUCAGCAGCCUGACCCUCAGUCUUUAACUCACACACGGCAGCAGAGUAUCACACAGAACGGCGGGGUAACGACACGGCGGCUGCGGGCAGAAACGGAGGAGAAACAGCGGGGGAAAGUUGGGGCUAAUGUUCAGCAGGUGUUGAGCUGUACACGUUCUGCUGCUGCUGGAGAUACGAGGAUGCUCACAAGACUGGAUAAUAGAGACACCAAAUGCUGCACUCUGAAAUAAUUGCCAGUGUUUACCAUGAAAUGAGUCUGGAUGCAUACUGUAAAUAAUAUAAAUACACUGGAAAAAAAAACUGACAAUCCGACGCACUCAGUGAUGCAGUCUACACAACAAAAUGAUCUGGACCCUAAUAAAGAUGACCUGCCUUUACGAGCCAACACAAACCACAUGCUGGUCAGGCACUAUGUCCUGGACCUGACUGUAGACAUACAGAGGAAGGUCAUUGGUGGCAGCAUUGUCCUGUUUCUAGAGCCUGGAAAAGGAGCUGCUGGACUAAAGAUCUCAGAAGUUCUACAAGCUCCAGAUGUUGUUGGUGUGGAAAAAGAAGCCAGCUGUUCUGCCAGUGCUACACAUGUACCUGGUGAUGCAGCUCAAGAAAGGGAUGUGUGUAGGUGGUCAUGGGAUGAUGAGAGUGAGGACUUCACCCUGAUAUUGGAUUGCUGUGACCUGCUGGUGUCCAAGGUGGAGGAGGUGGAUGUGUCUAAUGUGCCUGAGCUUAGGAAGCUUUUAGAAGGAGGUGAAUCAGAUGUGAUCUCCAGCCAGCAAUUAUCAUUUAUAUUAAUACAGAAACUAAUAUCUAUACCUUCACACCAAUGGAGACAACAGCAGGAUCUAUAUCUCCAGUGCAGCUCUGCUCCCAGUGUCCAUAUUCAGGGUCUUCUCUUCCACAUGGACCAGUGGAGCCUUCAAGUCAGGAAGAAAGGGGUGCGAACCCCAUGUGACUUCCCUCGUAUCCUCAGGAUUUGUUAUGAAACCAAAUCUACCGGAGGCUCUGUGAGGUGGACUAAAGACCAGGAUAACAGGUGCUGUGUUUACACCAUGGGAUCACCCAUCAACAACAGAGCCCUCUUCCCAUGCCAAGAACCACCAGUUGCAAUGUCGACCUGGCGAGCACGAAUAAAAGCCCCAUGUGAAUAUACGGUUCUGCUAAGUGGUGAGAAUCAGGCCUGCCCUAUGCCCGAGGAGACAGGUUUCUUCCAAUGGGAUUAUUUUGUUACAAUGCCAAUGCCUGCCUCCACUUUUACCAUAGCAGUGGGCAUGUGGAGGGAAGCCAGGGAAAAGGCUUCUAAUCAUGAGGAAGGGAUGAAUGAGGAUGAGGAGCCCAGUGCAAAAUUAGGCUGCAGUAGAAUGACCUGCACUGGAAGCCAGCCUACAAACCAAAGCGGCGAGAACCAGAGCUCACCAUCCAGGCUGACCUCUUCUGUUAAGGAGGAAGAUGAGCAGAGCUUUUGCUCCCAUGUGGAUUAUCCAUGUCGUUUUGUUAACAACACCUCUAGGAUGCAGGUCAUCCUACCUCAUCGAGUGUUUGCCCCAUUCUGUCAUCUGCAGAAGGUGGAGGCCUCUGUCCUGCCUCUCCUGCCCCUCUGUCUGGCUGCUGCUCACUCUGUUCUGGGUGUUCACCCGUUCUCACGCCUGGAUGUGCUCAUUGUUCCUCCUGGGUUCUCCAGUCUGGGCAUGGCCAGCCCACACAUUAUCUUCCUGUCCCAGAGUGUGUUGGUGGGUGAGAGAGGCCUGUGUGGUGCGAGGAUGUGCCAUGAAAUCGCCCACUCCUGGUUUGGCUUGGCCAUUGGAGCGCGGGAUUGGACGGAGGAGUGGAUCAGCGAAGGCUUUGCCACCUACCUGGAGGACGUGUUCUGGGCCAAAGUCCAGCAGCUGGAUCGCAGCGAGGAAGAGGAGCAGAGGCAGCUGAAGGCUUUCCUGCGUUGGAGGAGGCUGAAGGAUGAGUUGGUGAACUCAGAAGAGGAGCUGCUGGUCCUCAGGCCCAAUAAGGACAACACAGGAGAAGUCAGUGACUCUGGAGCCUCCAUGGUGAAGCAUGCCCUCAACCCUGGAAAACCGUUUAUGCAAGUACACUACCUAAAGGGUUACUUUUUCCUGAAGUUCUUGGCGAGCAAAGUGGGUGAGGAGGAGUUCCUGUGUUUCUUCAGGGUUUUUGUGAGAAAAUUCCAUGGCCAGCUUAUUUUAUCUCAGGAUUUCCUUCAGAUGUUCCUGGAUACGUUCCCAGCUUUGAGCAGCCAAGGCCUCACCCUUGAAGCUGUGUAUUCGGACUGGCUGGAUACACCUAGAAUUCCGAAGUGGCUGGAAGAAAUCAGCUCGACGUGGGCGCUCACUCGACCAGUGAAGGAGGUGAGAGAGGAGGUUGUAAAAUGGAUGCUCGUGAGUGGUGGUGGUGGAGCUGGAAAGGGCACCAAGCGGAAGAGAGCGGGGCCCAAGGUGAACUUCAAAGAGUUGAGUCCGGAGCAGCUGGUUCUGCUGUUGGAGUUUCUGUUGGAAGAGGAGGUGCUGAGUGUGUCCUGCCUCAGUCUGCUGCAGACAACAUACAGCCUGCGUAACCAGGAUGCAGAGGUGAAGCAUCGGUGGUGUGAGCUGGUGGUAAAGCAUAAAUACACAGCUGCGUAUAGAGACGUGGAGAACUUCCUCAUUCAUGACCAGGCUAUGGGGGUCUAUCUGUAUGGUGAGCUGAUGCUACAGGAAGACGGCCGUCAGCAGGCACUAGCACGACGCUGCCUGUCUGCCAUCAAAGAUGACAUGGACCAAUCAGCACGAAGCCUAGUGGAGGAAAUGAUCCUUUAGUGCUGGAAAAGAGCAGGGUUCGAGAUCAUCUCUGCAGUCUCAGGACUCUGUGUGGAAGCAGCUGACGGGGACCAUCGGAAACACACGGAUGCCUGAGGCUACAUCUGUUUGGAUGAAGCUUCUGCUGUAAAUGGAAACAAGAUUAGAAGAAAAUAAUUAAUAUACUUUAUUAUAUUAAAUGCAGCUGGUACAGUAGACUACAGAGUACACCCGUACAUCAUACGGAGAUAAAAAUCUGUGUAGCUCCUGUUCUCAAAGCUUCAGCAGAAUCAGAUAAAUGGAAGCUGUUUGUGUUAAAAACAAUGUGGCUGAUAUUUUCAUAUUAAACAUUUUACCUCAGGGGCACUAGCAUUGUCCUGCAGAUAUCAACCAGUACAACAACAUCUAGAGGUCAGUUUCUGGUUUGUCCCUGCUAUUAUUUAUAUAAAAAAAGCUACUUUAAUUCCACCUGUAAGAAUGCUGUACCAAUACGGCAGUAACAAUCUACACAAACAGCACUAUUUGUUAGUUUUAUAUUGAAAUGUGAAAUUACAGUUCUUCUACUUUGAUGUCAUUUUGUUCCAGUUUGUGUCUGCUCUGAUUAGACUUAUUUAUAGUUAUUUGCUUAGUUUGACUGGCAGUAUUUUUACUUUUUAUAUUUUAUUUGGUCGUUAUUAAUUUUAUGUUUAUUUGUUUUAUGUAAUUACUGAGACUUUGGACCAAAAUGGUGCUACUUCAAUAAAGUUUUUUUUAUAUUUUUAGCAAAAGAGAAGUUGCACUUGGGUUAUCAUUACUGAGAACUAAAGCCUUACUCAAACUACUUUUCUGUUCCAAAUCAGGGUAUCCACACACUUUAAUUUCAAUGCAAUUAUUAAGUCUUUUAAUACCUCUAACAGGAAAAAUAAAACAAUAACUUUGGUAAAAA